AUGGCGCCGUCGUUCGAUCACCUGCGCGAUGAGGACCUCGAUGAGGAGGAUUUCGACAUGGACGAGGUCGACAUCUCAGAUCUCCGCGAAAAAUACGAAGUCCAGCUAGAGCAGGGCUAUGACACAUUCGUCGUUGUCGACGGCUUGCCCGAGGUCAACGCGGAUCAAAAACCGAAGCUCGUCAAGUUUUUACUAAAGAAGCUCAACUCGGUCGGGAGGGUCAGUGAGGACUCGGUCUACAUGCCCAUGGGCGAUAAUGGCUUGUCGCUGAGGUUUGCCUUUGUUGAAUACUCGUCGCCCGCCGAGGCCGCCGCGGCCGUGCGCCAGCUCGACUUCACCCCGCUCGACAAGAAGCACACCCUGCGCGUCAACAAGAUGACCGAUGUUGACCGGUACGGGCGGGAGGGCCGCAUUGAGGAGGAGUACACGGCGCCCAAGAUCGAAGAAUUCCAGGAAAAGGAGCACCUCCGGUCUUUCAUGGCGGACCCGAGCGAGCGUGGCAGAGAUCAGUUCGUCAUGUUCAGGGGGGAGACAGUGGGUGUGUUCUGGAACAACGAGAAGGACCAACCAGAGAAUAUCGUCGACCGGCAACAAUGGACUGAGACCUUUGUCCAGUGGUCCCCUCAAGGGACAUACCUCACAUCCGUCCACGCCCAGGGCGUACUGCUCUGGGGCGGCGCGUCGUGGGCGAGGCUCAGGCGGUUCCCGCAUCCCUUCGUCAACCUGGUCGCCUUCUCGCCCAACGAAAAGUAUAUGGUCACCUGGUCAAACCGUCCCAUCUCGAUCCCCGACAGCGGGCACCCCGCCCUGUCUCUCGACGACGACGGCAAGAACUAUGUCAUCUGGGAUCUCGAGACAUCUAAGCCCCUGCGCUCAUUUGCGCAGCAGGAUACACCAGCAACCGGCGAUGACGCGGCCAAGAAGUCGGCCAAGUUCCCCUGGCCCGCGUUCAAGUGGUCCGCAGACGACAAGUAUGUGGCAAGGUUGAACCAGGGCACCUCCAUCUCCGUGUACGAGCUCCCCAAGAUGAACCUCAUGGACAAGACAGCGAUCAAGAUCGAGGGCGUCAUGGACUUUGAGUGGGCGCCCGCCACCCCGCGCCGUGACGGCGUCAAGACAUACGAGCAGCUCUUCUGCUUCUGGACACCCGAAAUCGGCAGCAACCCCGCGAGGGUCGGCCUGAUGAGCAUUCCUUCUAAGCAAAUCGUCCGGUCACUCAACCUCUUCAGCGUGUCAGAUGUCAAGCUCCACUGGCAAUCCGAUUCAGCCUACAUCUGCGUCAAGGUUGACCGGCACUCCAAGUCCAAGAAGUCGCAGGCGACAACGCUCGAGAUCUUCCGUGUGAAGGAGAAGGGCGUGCCCGUCGAGGUAGUUGACACCAUCAAGGACACAGUCAUUAACUUUGCCUGGGAGCCCAAGGGUGAUCGCUUCGUCAUCAUCACCACCCCCGAACCGGUUGGUGCUGUUGCCGUUGCGCCCAAGACGUCUGUAGCCUUUUUCUGCCCCGAGAAGGCCAAGGGCAACGCGAUCGGAAACUUCAAGCACCUGCGGACGCUUGACAAGAAGAACAGCAACGCCAUCUACUGGUCACCAAAGGGCCGCUUCGUGGUCGUUGCCGCCAUCGCCAACACCCAGAGCUCUGACCUCGACUUCUUCGAUGUCGACUUUGAGGGCGAGAAGCCGGAAGGCGAGAAGGACCUCACGGCGAACCUGCAGCUGAUGAACACAUCGGAGCACUACGGCAUGACCGACAUCGAGUGGGAUCCCUCGGGCCGCUACGUCGCCACCUGGGCGUCGUCGUGGAAGCACGUGAUGGAAAACGGCUACCACCUCUACGACUUCCGCGGCGAGCUGCUGCGCGAGGAGGCGAUCGAGAAGUUCAAACAGUGGUCGUGGCGCCCGCGGCCGGCGACGCUGCUGACCAAGGAGGAGCAGAAGCAGAUCCGCAAGAACCUGCGCGAGUACUCGCGCGUCUUCGAGCAGGAGGACGCCGACCGCAUUAGCAGUGCCGACGUCGCCGUGGUCGAGGCCCGCCGCCGCCUGCUCCUCGAGUGGGUCACCUGGCGCGAGUCCAUGGAGGAGGAGCUCGUCGAGGACCGCGCCGCGCUCGGCCUGCCCGAGGACCCCGUCGCCGAGCUCCUGCGCCAGAAGACGGCGGCUAUUACCCCCGCUGCUGGCGAGGAGCAGGAGGAGCAGGUCGUCGAGGAGAUCAUGGAGGAGGUCCUCGAGGAAUCGGAGGAGAUUGUCAAUUAG